UCUGCAGUUCCUUGUGCCACCCAGCAUACAGGCGUGGGUGUUGAAACUACAACAGUGAACCCGCCACCCAGAUUUAAAGCUGUAAAAGUGACAGCCAGCAAAUAUGGGAACAAUCUGACUGCGAUCGCAUUGCCGCGCACACCCUGGUCAGGAACGCAGGAGGGCUGGUCACAGAGACAGAGACAGAGGGCUUGUUCAUCGGGAGCUCUCUAUGUGAGCCGGAGAUGGUGGAAGAGCAGGAUCGGGACAUCGAGAUCCUCAUUCAGGAGAUGGAUUACAUCCCGGGCCAUUUCCACCUGCAGUUGAAUUUGAACUUCGAGCCGCAGAUGCCGGAGCGGCUGCGGGGCAGGGACUAUAAGCUGAAACGGCAGAGUCUGCAGCUGGAGGUCCCGCACCCAGCGCAGCGCCUCGCCCUCCGCAACCUGCUGGGCGUCCUGGCUUUCCACCUGGACGAGUACCAAGUGGCCGAAGAGCUCUUCUCCGGCGUGUGCCGGGAGGAGCCGGGCAACCUCAACGCCUGGGCUAACCUGGGCUACGUGUACGACCGGAUGGAAAGGGAAGGGCCGGCGGCCGACUGCGUGGAGCGCCUAUCGCGGCUGAUGGGGCUGAAGCGGGACGGAGGCGAGACAGGGGACGCAGGGUCUCUGCUGCCGCUCCGCGCCGCCAGGUGUCUGGCUGAACACGCCCUCGCCAGCGCUCACGACGUCGGCUUGCAGAGCGAGGAAGACCACGCCAGCAAACUGCGCUCAGCCAUCGGGCUCUAUGACAAAGCUCUGCUGUAUGGCAGGAACCAGAUACCCUCAGAAGAAAAAAGGAGUUGGUAUUUUAUAAUGGCCACCAUGUAUAUCAGACUGGAUGGAAUGUUAAUGAACACGAGAGGCCCUGAUCAGAAGCGCCUGCUGUCUUUCAAUAGAGCUCUAGCAUUACUGCGGGAGGUGCUGAAGUCUGACAGUGCUGAAUACCAAGCUCUUGCUUGGUGCUAUCUGGGAAUGAUGUUGGAGCGGAAGGAUUCUUUUCCCAGUACUCCAAUGGCAAUCCAUGAUUGUGGCUUUUCUGGGACUGAUCCACUGGAUUGUUAUGGACAGGCAAUUGAAACAGCAAAAACAGAUCCAUUCAUACUGAAUCAGCUUGCCAAAAUCUUUCAUUUCCUUGGGAAACAGGACAUGGCAAUUGGCAUUUGUAACAUGGCCUUGAAUAUUCUUCCAGAUCCCCAAACAAACUGGCAGGCUUACAGCACCAGGGCAAAGGUUUAUGUAAAGCAGUAUAUGCAAGACCUUGAGCGUGUCAAGAGAGGUCAGGGUGGGGUGCCUGACAGGCGGUUGCUAACCGAAGCAAAGGCUGACUUGGAUUUAAUAUUGCUUGCGUGGCCCUGCCUGAAAACAUACCUGGAUAUGGGGCAGGUCUGUUACUACAUGGGUGUUGAUGCUGUGCAGGAACUUCAACCUGUGGAUGAAAAUGCUCUAAACAGUGCCUUGGUUUUUUUCGCUAAAGCCAUGGAAUAUGAUCCUGGAGACACUCUGCCUGAGAUCCAGGUCCUGCGAGGGAAAUGCUUGCAGGUCAAAGGUGAGGAACGCAAUGCUGCCGAAUGCUUCAAGCAGGCCAUCGAGCUGGACGAUGUGGGGUCACAGUACUCUGAGAGCUUCCACCGCCUGAUGGAGUCGCUGCUGUCACUGUUCAUCCAAGGAAAAUCCAGCGAGGAGACGAUUAUCCUCGAAGUGGAAGAGUGGAUAGAAAAGGCUGUGACAAAGUAUCGACUCGAGAGAGUCAAACAAGAAUUGCAUAAUAUUUGUCUAAAUCAUAUGCCAAAGAUUUUGCAACUCUCCAGGGCUAUGAUCAAGGCUGGGAAGUUGCAACUGGUAAACUUAUUGUUGGAAAUAAUGAGCCCCGAUACAUCUGAGCCAACAAAAGCUUGAACAAGCAAUCAAUUCCAGGAAGACUUCCUCUGCAGUAUUUAAACCCAAUGGGCACUUUGCCAAUUGUCCUUGCCAAUUGCCGUUUUUUGCUGUAUCUUCAGAUGAAACAAACUUUGGAUAGUUUACAAGCAAAUUAUAAACAUCUUUCCACAACCAUUUUACCUCUCUGGUGACUGAGCAGCAAAAUGAGAUUGGUAUGAAAGUAGUACUUUCAAAGUACCCAUUUUUAUGACUGUGGGUACAAGUUCAACCUAUCUCAAGACUCCUUGUCACAGACAGACUCAGUCAACACAGAGUUCUGAAUAGAUAGAAAAUAAAAAUAAAAAUUGACAGCCAAUUUCCAACAGAAUUAAUUGGUGUUUGAUAAAACUGAUGCAGCAGUAACCAAGUUAUGUUAUUCAUGUCUAAUGUAGAGGAUGGAUUUGAAAUGAGGCAGGAAACAGGUCUUUACAUAUUCAUGGCCUAUAAUGACACCAAUGCUAUAAUCUGGAGGAACUCAAUGGGUCAGGCAGCAUCUGCGGAAGGAAAUGGAUGGACGAUGUUUUGGGUUGUGAACCUUCUUCAGCAAUUUUUUUUUUGCUGUAGUCUAUGAUAUCUGUGCACUUUCAUCGCAAACGUUUUAAACUUUUGAACAGUCAGGGAUUAAAAAUUGAAGUACGAUCCCAAGAAGAACAGGGUACCGAUAUUUUAUACAGAACUUUUUAUGGUAUAUUCCUCAGAUGUCCUACAUCCAAAUUAUACUAUGUUAAUGAUGUUCCCAUGCCAAUGUAAGGAAUAGACAUGGCAGAACUAAAAUAUACUGUGUUUUCCCAUAAAAUGGUUGCUGACUGCCCUUAUAACCAGCCCCUGGUUAAGCAUCAAUAAAUUAAAUUUGAUGCUCUUCUAUCUAUAUAAUCUGUGUGGAGUUUGCACGAUUUCCCUGUGACCAUGUAGAUUUCCUCCAGGUGCUCCAGUUUCAGGCAAGAGAUACCGUAGCA